AUGAGCGGUCAGCUGGCGGCUCUAGAGCCUGCCCCUUGGCAGCAACCGAGCUCCAAGCCUCUGGGCAAGGUUGGCAACUUGAGCCGGAAUGGCUACGGAUUGACACAAGAGGGCGUCAUGUCUCGGGCAGUGGACCUCGCGUUGAGACGGGCUCUGUGGAUAACAGACGAGCGCGCCCGGCCCCAGGCUGCCGAACGGACCGGCACGGAGGCGGCGGCGGGGCCCCUCGCCGCCGAUGCCGGUGCCCACCGGAGAGCGGUAGCUGGGGGCAGCGGCCCUCAAGGGGCGGACGACGAGUACAGCAGCGACGACAGCAGCAGCCGCAACCGAACCAAGCUUGCUCGCAACGUGGGCUUCGACCGCCAGCAAAGGGACGCCGAGAACGCGGCGAAGGUGGCGGAGCAGCUGGAGAAGAUCAACGCCCAGCGGACCAUGCUGCAGCCCGUCUUCGCGGAGAAUCCCGAGGUGGAGGCGUUCCUGAAGACGCACCACGAGAUCGAGCCGCGGGCCGUCGCGCAGCUGCGGGCCAUGCCCCACGAGCAGGCCAGGAUGGUGAUCACGGGGCCCCUUGACCGCGCCCGCAACAAGACGGCGGUCAUCCUCGCCAGGAGAUCAAGAACUUGA